AUGAUGUCUGCCGGUACCUCGCAUCAGGAGACCGGUCUAUAUGCCCAGAGUGAUCGCGAUCCCAAGUCGUCCUCGCCCCAACCCCAGCAUCGCCGGGGCUAUCAGGCCUGCGACCCGUGUCGCAAGCGCAAGGUGAAAUGUGAUCUUGGCAGUGUCGACAACCCUCGUCCCCCGCCCUGCGUGCGAUGUCGUCGCGAGAGCAAGCGCUGCGAAUUCUCCGCGACCCGGCGGAAGCGCAAACCGUCCGAGGUCGAAGAACCCACCGAAGAUGGCGUCCUCCGUCGAGACAAGCGCAUGAUGGUCGGCGAGGUCGUCUCGAAUGGAUCGCCUAAUGAUGCACCCUCGUACGCGCAUUCCGAUCCCUCCUCGUUCGAUCCCAAUGGCAAUCGUCCCCGCCAGAAAUGGUCCGAAGGCCCUCCCAUCACCCCCAGUCAGAUUCCCCAGUCAGCCGCGCCACCGCAGCGCUACACGCCCAGCAUACCCCCGUCCUCCACCGCGCCAUAUUCCGAUGCGAAGAACUCGCGGCUUUCCAUGUACCCGGUCGGCGACCGCGGUCCGGUGGCGCAUUAUAGCCUCGAAGGCGGCCAGCCGAUGAUGAACCGCACCGCCGUGGAGCUGCUGUCGCCUGCGAUCAGCAACAGCCACGAUGCGCUGCAUCUGCUCUCCGAGGCGGCGGGGCGCACGGAGGAUCUGAAUCGACAGAGUCUGGAGAAUCGCUAUGCCGCCCGCCAGUCCGUCUCCUCGUUCAACUCUCCCAUGUCGCCGCUCACCCAAGCGGGCACCCCGAGAAGUGCGGGCGGCUCCUUCUCGCGGCCGCAACGAGCCGGUGCCAUGUCCAUGCCGAAUUACUACCAGUCCGCGGGACCCGGCUCAGCGGAUGCGCCCAUGUCCAACGGUCGUGAUCAGUCGGCCCCCGCGGACAAUACCCAGGACCCUGGAUUUGUGGACGCGGUCAAAGCAUGGUCCCGGUUACGUUUCGUACGUGCGGGCUGGCUGUCGGUGGAAGAGUCUAUGGAUUAUGUGGCAUAUUACUACGAACACCUCGCACCCAUGAGCCCGAUCGUCAUUCCCGAUUUCUCCCAUCCGUCCACCCAUCGCACGCUCCUCACCGAGGAGCCUGUACUGGCGGUUACGAUCCUUACGACCGCCUCCAGGCACAUGAAACCGAAAGGAGACGGGGCAUAUACGCGGGCGUUCUACAUCCACGACCGACUGUGGUCAUAUCUCCGAGGAAUGAUCGAGCGUCUGAUCUGGGGUCAAGAGAAAUUCGGUGGUGCCGGAUCAGGAAUCAGCGGGCCACGAUCGUUCGACUUGACAGCUGCCGCGCCUAAAGUGAACAAGGGCAACCUGAGGUCCCUGGGGACCAUCGAGGCCUUGUUGGUCUUGACGGAUUGGCACCCGCGGAAUCUACACUUCCCCCCUGGCGACGAUGAAAACGCGCUGUUGGACUUGGAUGCGCAAGCACAGGGCCGGUUUGAAAAAGAUAUCGAAUUGGAGAACGAAAACGGUGCGAAUCGGGCCCCCAACAACAUGGCGGAGGGCCGGUUGGCUUUCCAGAAAUGGCUCGAACCGGCAUGGCGCUCCGACCGGAUGUCCUGGAUGCUGCUCAGCACCGCACAGGCGCUGGCCUUUGAACUGGGGGUGUUUGAUCAGAAAAACGAGGCCAAAGCGGCCAGUGAACCGCCCGCGGAACAGACGCGAAAGCGCCGUCUGCGUCGCCUCAUCCUGGUGUAUAUCACGCAGAGCAGUGGCCGCCUGGGAAUCCCGUCCAUGCUUCCUCUGCCACAGUGGGCCAACGACAUCCAGCCGACCACCAUGACGGGAGCGAACGCGGGCGAUAUCACGGUCGACCGGAUGCAUGAUUGCUGGAUUGGCAUUUCCAAGAUCAUGUAUCAAAGCAACCAGCUGUUAUUCGCUUCCAACGAGCAGACUUCCGAACUGAUUCGGAGCGGUCGAUAUCGAGAUCAGAUCGACCGAUUCCAGCCAUUCCUGCGCGAGUGGCGGCAGAACAUUGACACCAUCGAUCUCGCGCCGCCGAUGAGAAAAAUUUUGAUGAUUGAAUACGAAUAUACGAGAUUAUACGUCAACUCCCUGGCUCUACAAGCGGUGGUAGAUCGCUGGACGACCAUGUCGAACGAAGCGGCCCAGGCUCAAAACGGCAGGCCAGGCUGCGGGAGCUCGUCCAACAGUGGGUGGUUCCACGUGCUGAUGGAGCUGUACCGUGUCAACGAGCAAUAUAUCCAAGAGGUGGUGGAUGCAUCGCGAAAAAUCCUCCAGACCGUACUCGAGGAGCUUGUCCCUGGGGAUCAUCUGAAGCACGCGCCUGUGCGGACGUGCUUUCGAAUCCUGUCGGGCAUGAUCUUCAUCCUCAAGACUUUUACGUUGGGUGCGAAAGAAGAUGAUGUGCGCGUCUCCCUGGAUCUGCAAGAUCGCACCAUUGAAGCGCUCCGGACGCAUGUGGUCGACGACGUCCACCUGUGUCAUGCGAUUUCGCGUCUGCUCGAGCUUCUCACUACCAGCAUCCGCACCCGCUUCCUGCGUUUCGCCCCGAUGGACCGGGCUGGGGACGGUGACGGCCAAGAUCGCGCCUCGGCACCUCAUUCACGAGCCCAAUCCCCUCGUCCGCGGGACGGCGGGCAGGUCCGUCGAGAUGGCUCGCAGCAAGCGUGGACAUCUCAGAACCUAGGAUAUGUCGACAGCAACCACCAGCAUACGGGGACUCCGAUGACCACCUCCGUGCAUGAUCCGCUCGCCGGGAUCCCUGCACAGCCGAUCAACUCGUCCAACCUGAAUGUCUCGUUCAUGCCGCCGCCCCCGUCGGUCUAUCACAAUUACUACGACCCGAACGCGUCGCCUCCGGCCGGGGACAUGGAAGGCUCCAACGUUCCGUCGCAGUCGAUCCACGACCACAACGGCACGUCGGGCGGACUUCCGGACUGGUUUGCGCUCCCGCUGGACCAGUUCUUCACCAGUUCGACGGCGGUCGUGGACCAGGGGCUAGGUGGCACGGGGCCGAUGGUAGGCGAGCUGGAUAUGCUGGAAGUGCUCCUCAACGAGCAAUACGAUGCCAGCGGCACGCCGUUGGAACCCAGUGGGGGCGGCAGUCUUCCGUCUCAGUUUAUGCCGUCGUCGUGA